GUAACUUGAAAAAAAAAAUUUUUUUUCAUGACUACCAUGCUACAGUAAAUAAAUUAAAUCCCUCAAACAAUGACUUUUAAUAUAAGAAUGUACGCAUGGAUGUUGAUGUUUAAAAUGAGGUUUUUAGGGUUCGUCUUUAUAAUAACUGGCCCUUUAGUUUUAUCUAAUCAACUUUAUUUUCAAAUGUUAGUAAAACAACCCAUUCCCUCCAAUCCACCCAACUCUAGAGCUCUACAGCAACUCCUCGUUUCCCUCCUUAAAAAGUGUAACACAAUUAAAAAAUUUACUCAAAUCCACACCCAGGUCAUCAUUAACGGUUUUUCCCAGAAAAAUUUCAUCCUAGUAAACCUUCUUUCAUUCUAUGUAACUUCUGGUAAUCUCCUACAUGCGCUUAAAAUUUUUGGGACUAUCGAGAAACCAAGUACUACAGUCUGGAAUCAGGUUAUCAGAGGGUAUUCGAGAACCGAAAACCCCGGAAAAUCAGUUGAAUUGUACAAGCAGAUGGUUGCAACGGAUGCUAUCCCUGAUGGGUUUACUUAUUCGUAUGUUUUGAGUGCUUGUGCGAGGUCUGGGAUGUUGAGAGAAGGGGAACAGGUUCAUGGGAGAGUUUUAGGAGAUGGGUAUUGCUCCAAUGUGUUUGUGAGGACAAAUUUGGUUAAUUUGUAUGCGAUGGAAGGUGGUGGUGAUGGCAUUGGUUAUGCUCGCAAAAUGUUUGAUGAAAUGGGGGAGAGGAAUGUGGUGAGUUGGAAUUCUUUGCUUGCUGGCUAUAUUAGGUGUGGGGAUAUUGAUACGGCGAGGAGAGUUUUUGAUGAGAUGCCAGAGAAGAAUGUGGUGUCGUGGACGACACUGAUUGCAGGGUUUGCAAGGAAUGGGAAGUGUCAGCAAGCUUUGUCUUUUUUUAAUCAGAUGAGGAGAGCACGUGUGGAAUUGGAUCAGGUGGCAUUGGUGGCAGCAUUAUCAGCUUGUGCUGAAUUGGGUGAUUUGGAAUUAGGGAAGUGGAUUCACUCGUACAUCAAAGAGACAUCUCGGUUUAGAAGCCAGCCAUUGUUGGUGUCUUUGAACAAUGCACUUAUUCACAUGUAUGCUAGUUGUGGUUUGAUUCAGGAAGCUUAUGAAGUACUUAGAUACAUGCCGGAAAGAAGUACCGUUUCUUGGACAAGCAUGAUCAUGGGACUAGCAAAACAGGGUUUUGCACAAGAAGCUAUUACUGUGUUUGAGUGUAUGCUAAGCUUGGGAGAUAGAGAAGUCAAGCCUGAUGAAAUAACCUACAUUGGAGUUCUCUUUGCUUGUAGUCAUGCUGGAUUAGUUGAUGAGGGUCGACAUCAUUUUACACAAAUGACUCGAGGUUGGGGAAUUAAGCCCAGGAUUGAGCACUAUUGCUGCAUGGUUGAUCUUCUCUGCCGUGCUGGUUUCUUGGAUGAAGCAUUCAAUCUUAUUGAAACCAUGCCUGUAAAACCAAAUGAUGCUGUGUGGGGUGCCCUACUUGGUGGUUGUAGGAUUCACAAGAAUGUUGAUCUUGCCUCUCAAGUGGCUCAGAAAUUGGAUGUCGAGCUUGACCCCAACUAUGCUGCUGGGUAUCUUGUGCUGUUGUCAAAUGUGUAUGCUACUGCCAAGAGGUGGCAUGAUGUUGCUAAUGUGAGACAAAAAAUGAUAAAAAUGGGUGUAAAAAAACCCGCAGGUCGGAGUUGGGUUCAAAUUGAUGGUGUUAUUCAUGAUUUCAGGGUAGGUGACAGCUCUGACAAAUAUGCAUCUUCAACCUAUGAUAUCCUCUGGCAAGUCACUAGACAGGCAAAACAGGAAGGUUACGAGCCAGACAUAUCAGCAGUGAUUUCCGAUGUGGAGUAAUAGGUAAUGGUUUUGAGCAUUUGGUAUUUGAGCAAGGAUCUGCUGUCAUUCCUUCUGUAAUUACCAAGUUCAGAGGCUGAAAAGUCAGUAAAUCCUUUCAAUGAUUCAAUUGUAACUCGUCAUCACCCAAGUUCAAAUGCUUAAAUCUUCUCUAGUAUAACUACUAACCCGGCGCUAGGCAUCAACAGUAGCAGCCUGUUUCCUGUAUUUCUAAAUUAACUCUUUCUAACAGCAACAGUGCAAGGAGUUUUGAGCAUCAUCAUUUUCUUUUUAUUUUGUAUAUGGAAAAUAAUUCAAUUUUUUUUAUUUUCUUCUGUAUCCAAACACGUCUUUUGCUACUUUCGAAAAAAAAAAAAAAACAAAUAAGAAAAGUGCUAACCAAACAGAUGUACAUAAGUAAACGUACAAGGUGGGAAUUGGGACUAGGGUGUAUUGGUUACCAACCUACUAUAAGAAAUGGGAAUGACUUGCAGUUAUGGUUCUUGAAGGUUUGUGCACGACGGCAAAGAAUGAUCCUUAGUGUACAUCUGCCAUUUAACUUCCUAUUUGGGGCUUCUCUUUUCUGAAAUUAUGUCACCAAAACCACAUGGCUAGAUGCUUAUGUCACAUGUACACAUUUCCAGCCCAAAAAGUAUGCCUAUUCACAGGAGGCAAACCCAUCAUUUUAUAGUCUAAGACCAUCCCUCACCCUUUUAUCUUAUUGACGUGGGAUUCAUGACAUUCUCUCUCAUUCAAUUGUGCAACGUUUUCAUUGCAUUGAUU